AUGGCGGAUCUGCGAUGCGUCGAUGCCCCGCGUCACGCAACGCCCUCCCAGACGCCAGUGUAUUGGUGGACGCCGGAGAUCGCGCAGCUACGCUCAGUCUGCGUGGUGGCGAGACGCCGGUACACCCGACAACGGAGGCAGCAUCCUCGCAACGAGGCCGAUGAAAGUCGGCUUCGCGAUGCCUACAAGGAAGCGAAGAGCGAGCUUCGGCACGCUAUUUGCAGGUCCAAAGAGUCGGCCCGCGAGGAGUUACUCGCGCGUCUAGAUGGAGAUCCGUGGGGGCGUCCGUAUCUCGGUGCUCGGAACAAGAUCCGAGCCCAGACGGCCCCGGUCACGGAGAGUCUAGAGCCGGAUUUUCUGCGAAGCGUCGUGUGCGCCUUGUUCCCAACGGAGGCCGCACACACGAUGCCAGCGGACACUUCGCGCGAGCCGGCCCAGUCGGAGGUCAUUCCGGCCGUCUCUCUGGAGGAGCUUGAGAGGUCUCUGUCGCCGCUGAAGGCCAAACAAACCGCCCCCGGACCGGACGGCGUCCCCCGGACGCGUCCUGGCCCUGGCCCUGGGCGAGUUGGCCGAGUGGUACUUGGAGAUCCUCAAUCAGUGUUUGAGAACGGGUCGCUUUCCAUCGUCUUGGAAAGAGGGGAGACUCGUUCUACUCCAGAAGGGAGACGACCUGCAGACUCGCCGUCUGCGUACCGUCCGAUAGUGCUGCUAGACGACGCGGGGAAGCUCUUCGAGCGGAUCCUCGCGACUCGUGUCGUCCGACACAUCAGCAGCACGGGGCCCGAUCUGGCUCAGUCCCAGUAUGGUUUUCGGGGUGGAAGGUCUACCAUAGACGCCAUCCUGAAACUGAGGAGUCUCGCAGAUGAUGCCGUGUCUAGUGGGCGGAGUUGCGUUGGCGGUGUCCCUCGACAUCACCAACGCGUUCAACUCGCUACCCUUCGGCGUCAUCGAAGAGGCCCUCAGGUACCAUGGUCUGCCGGAUUACAUUCGGCGGACCAUCGGUCCUACCUCCGCGGACGGGAGAUCUCGUUCGUGGGGGGCGACGGUAGGUUGCAUCGUCACGAGGUGCGCUGCGGUGUUCCGCAGGGUCGGUCCUCGGGCCUCUCUCCUGUGGAACUUGGGGUACGAUUUCGUGCUCCGCGGCGCCCUCCCGACCGGCUGAGCGUCGUCUGCUACGCGGACGACACGCUCGUAUUAGCCCGAGGCGAUGACCUGGCAGAGGGCAAGGCGCGUGCCGAGGCGGGAGCCGCCUUGAUAGUACGGCGCAUCCAGAUGCUCGGGCUGAGGGUGGGCCUGGAGAAGACAGAGGCCCUCCUUUUCACGGCCCUCGAGCAGGACCUCCGACGGACGCCAGCAUCAACAUCUGCGGCGUCCGCGUCGAGCUCAGUCCCCGGAUGA